CUUCGAUUUUUUAAACGGAUUGUGCAAGAAUAUGGAUAAUGCAGAAAGUGUGGGUAUUCGUAGCGUCAAGCAUAAGCAUUCGUUGCUGCAUUUUGCCGUCGUAUAUUCUACACCGGACAUAGUGAAACAUCUUUUGGACGCAGGUCUUCCACCCGACGGCAGAAAGAACCACAGUAAAACAAAAGGUCGAACUCCUCUUCACCUAGCCGUAAUACAUAAUAAAUAUCGCGUAGUAAAGCUCCUUCUAGACUACGGAUGUCGAAUCGACGUCAGAGACAACUCGAGCCGCACAGCUCUGCAUCACGCUGUGAAAAUUAGCAUCAGUCGCGAGCUCUGUAGCAAGAGUCACGCCAUAAUCUGUCAGCUGCUUCGUCGGGGUGCCGGCGUUAACGUUAAAAAUUCUCACGGAGAAACGCCCUUACUUUACGCCGUAAAGCAUGGCUCUGAGAUUUUGGUACGACUAUUUUUAAGAUACGGAGCCGACGUGCACCAGCGUAAAGGUACGAACGGCAAUAACGCGCUGCAUUACGCUGUGCGAAAAAACCGUCCAAAAAUCGUCGAGAUGCUUUUAAACGCAGGUGCCGAUGUGAACAGUCUCGCGAAGAAGUCUAGAACAGCUUUGCAUUUGGCCGUUGCCAAGGCUAGGAACGAAGAGAUCGUGGAUCUUCUGAUUGAACGCGGUGCAUUGGUCAAUGCUAGGGACGAUAGCGAAUUUUUUGCCUGUAAAGGUAGGACGCCGAUCUUUAUGUCACGUGACAGCGACGACGACGAGGAUAUGACAAAUCGUCAACUUCGGAUAGUACGUAGUCUGUUGGACGCCGGUGCCGAAGUUAAUCACAUCAGCAACAAUGGCGAAUCGGCCUUACAUCGGGCUAUCAGUAGCGGCAUCGAGCCCAUCGUCCAGCUGUUCCUGGAACGAGGUGCCAAUGUUAACUUCAAAAAUAGGAAAGGUCAAUCGUGUCUACACACAGCCGUGAAAUCUGCAUCCGAGAAGAUCGUCACAUUGCUCAUCGACAAAGGCGCCUACAUCAACGACACGAGCUACAUCGGAGUUACGCCGUUACAUCUCGCCGUAGAGUAUCAGAGGGAAAAUCUUAUAAAGCUGCUACUCGACAGAGGAGCUAAUAUCGGCAUCGGCGAUAUCAAGGGUUACACCCCACUGCACUGCGCAGCCCGAUUAACUCAUCUGGACGAGCAAACGAUCGAAAGGAUCAUCAAAAUCCUUCUGCUCAACAAAGCCGAUCCUUACCGCAUAUCGAUCAACGGCAAAAACCCGCUGAAUUACGCGCUCAAAAAAUCCAACACCCGAAUGAUCAAGGUUCUGCUGCAUCAUCUAGCGGAUCUGGACGUUAUGGGCGAUAAAAACGCCACUAGGGUGGCCAUGCAGGCCAUCGGCGAGCUUGAGCACUGGUUGCGAGUUUACGAGGAUCGUCAGCGCGAGCUCGUCGACAUGAAUAAGGUGAUGAUCUACGGGAACGUCAGCUAUUUCGACGCUGUCUCGGGCGAUCUGGGUGUUAUGGUUCGAAAUAAAGAGUUUGUUAAAGCUUUUAAGGAUAACCAGGUGAUUGAAGAGGAUGUUAUUGAGAGGGCGAUCGAGUGUCUUUUUAUCUUGCUUAGCGAUUACAAAGUUCCGAUAUCGGUUGUGGAAAUUAUAGUGAGUUACUGCAAGUUUGAUGAUCUUCAGAAACUCGUGCAAGUCUGCCAGGAGUCGAACAUUUUAACCGGUUAAUCCAGUCUGUGUCUCAGCCUUGGUUUUACAAAAAAAAAAAGAUUAUCUUACAAUUCUUCUCGAUUUUUUGAACUACGAGCAAAACUCUACUUUGAAUCUCUAAAAAGUGCGCAAAAUUUUAACAAAACAAAAAAAAAAUGAGCAUGACUUAAUACAAAAUAGAUUACAACGUAUUAUAAGACUUUUUCAAUGGAGAAUAAUAAAAAUUUAAGUAUACAAAAAA